CGGACAUCGACGAGGACGGCCACCAGACCAAGGAAACGUCUCUGGGCGGGAGCCAGUCUGACACAGAGAGAGAGAGAAGAAAAUGCCAGCCACGGGCCCCGCGCCCAACCUGGUGGCUGCGACUGGCAUGGCCGCCUUUGCAGAGCAGCAACAGGAGGCUCUACGCCGAAAGAUUGAACAGCUCAAAAGCAAGCAUGAGGCAUCGAGGCAGCAGGCUGCUGACGAGCUCAAGUCCUACGUCGACUACGUCUCGUCGGAGCUCAAGGGCGACCUCUUGAACAACUUCAACAACGACCUUAAUCGCCACAUCUUCGGCUUGGCACACAGCCCUCACAACUACGAAAAGCUCGGUGGCAUCGCCGCCAUCGAUGCCCUCGUGGGCACAGAGACCGAGGACAACAGCGCAAGGCUCUAUCGCUUCUAUCAGUACCUGAAGCCCAACUUGCCGUGCAACGAUGCCACUGUCAUGAUCGCCGCCAGCAAGGCGUUGGGCCUCGUCUGCAAAAAGGGUUCGACGUCGCUUGGCGAGCAGUUCAUCGAAUUCGAGGUGCUCAGAGCCCUCGACUUCCUUCAGGCCGGGGAUCGAAAUGAGUCGGGAAGGUAUGCGGCGGUGCUCAUCAUCAAGGAGAUGGCGAGAAACGUACCCAAUCUCUUCCACGCCUACGUCGGGCGCGUCUUUGAUCGAAUUUGGGUCGCCUUGCGCGACACGAGGGUGCUCGUCAGGGAAGGUGCGGCCGAGGCAAUGGGCGCCUGUCUGGGCAUUGUCUCCUCGCGCGAGAAGCAGAUGGGCGUGCAUUCGUACGAGACCAUCUACCAGGAAGCAGAGAAGGGUCUCAAGACACAGGCUGUAGAGACGGUCCACGGAAGCCUCUUGGCUAUCUUGGAGCUGCUCCAGCACUCAAAUACCUUCAUGAGGAGCCGAUUUCACACCAUCUGCGCCCUCGUCUUCCAUCUACACAAGCAUCGGGACCCGCUCAUCAAGCGCACUAUUACCAACCUCGUCCCUGUGCUGGCAACCUAUGACCCGACAUACUUUGGUGAUCAGCAUCUGCCAGGCGUCAUGGCCCUCCUCACUGAUCAGCUGCGCAAGGACAAGGACCGGUCAACGCGCGAAUUCGUUGCCCAGACCUUCGAGUCGAUCGGCCUCGUUGCAGCAGCUAUGGGCAAUCGUAUGAAGCCCUACAUCGAACAGAUCCUUGCCUGUGUCAAGGAGGGGCUGCAGUCCAAGGGCAAAAAGAACCCCAUGCCCGAGGCGCCCAUCUUUUUCUGCAUCGGCUACCUGGCCAUGGCCGUGGGGCCUCACUUGACAAAGUACAUGCACGAGCUUCUCGACCUCAUGUUCGCCUGCGGUCUCAGCACCUCGCUCGUUCAGGCCUUGGGGAGGAUCGUACGGUCGGUGCAACCGCUGUUGCGCGUCGUGCAGGGUCGCCUCCUCGACUUGCUCUCAAAGAUUCUCAUCGAGCAGCCGUAUAGACCGUUGGGAGCACCCUACCUCGGUGUCAGAGCAACUGCAUCCAACGGCACAUCUGCAGCAGUGGCGGCAGCGACAAGAGACGUGAAUGCUUCGGUCGGCGCCGAGGGACGAAGUGUCGAGACCAUCACUGUGGCUCUCAAGACGUUGGGCGAGUUCGACUUCAGUGGCCACAUCCUCAACGAAUUCGUCCGCAACUGCACAUUGCCGUACUUUGAAAACGACCACGCCGUGGUGCGCGAGGCAGCAGCGGUCACAUGCGCGAAGCUCUUCAUGCAGGACCCCAUCUGCUUCCAGACGAGCAUGCAUGCCAUCGAGGUCGUCAACGACGUUCUCGACAAGCUCAUGACAGUGGGCAUCGCCGAUCCAGACCCGCGUUUGCGCUUGACGGUGCUCGAGAACCUUCACGAGCGUUUCGACAAGCACCUUGCUCAGGCAGAGUAUGUUCGCUCGCUCUUCAUUGCCCUGAACGACGAAGAGUUCCGCGUUCGAGAGGUGGCCAUAUCCAUCAUCGGCCGUCUGGCUCAGCAGAACCCAGCCUAUGUCAUGCCAUCGCUGCGCAAGGCCCUGAUCCAGCUGCUCACGGAGCUCGAGUACUCGACGGCGACAAGAAACAAGGAAGAAGCUGCCAAGCUUCUGACGGGCGUCGUCAAAGCGUCCCAGCGUCUCGUCAAAUCCUAUGCUCUCUCGAUGCUAGAGGUCAUGCUCCCUCGUGCAGACGAUGCCAAUCCGUCCGUGGCGUCCAAGGUCAUGGAAUGCCUCGGCGAGCUCGCUAAAGUCGGAGGCGAGGACCUGUCGCCACACGCAGGCGAACUCCUCAAGCUCACGAUCGAGCAGCUCUCUGUCGCCCCUUCCGCGCAGGCUCCCAUGCUCAAGCGGAAUGCAGCACUCAAAACAUUGGGUCUCGUAGCGUCCAACACGGGCAAUGUCGUGGAGCCUUACCUCAAAUACCGAUCUCUGCUUGGCACCUUUGUCAAGAUACUCAGGGCCGAGGCGACGCCUCAUGUACGGCGCGAGACGAUUCGGGUGAUGGGCACCCUGGGUGCCUUGGAUCCUUACAGAUACAAGCUCCUCGAGGCGCCGGGCGAAGAGGGAAGUGCCGAUGUCAACAUCGGAGGCGGUACCGAUCUCUUCGAACUAGCCAUGGCUGUCGGAACCUCGUCGGACGAGUACUUUCAGAAUGUGGCCAUCGAUGCCCUCAUCGGCAUCCUCAAGGACUCAUCACUCGCCCUGCACCACCACGCCGUCAUCGAAGCAAUCAUGUACAUGUUUAAGACGCAGGGUCUCAAGUGCGUCAACUUCCUGCCGCAGAUCAUACCCGCCUUCCUCCGUGUCAUUCGAACCUGCACUACCGGCCUCUCUGAGUUCUACUACCAGCAGCUGGCCAUCCUCAUCUCGAUCAUCAAGCAGCACGUCCGCAACUACCUCCGCGAUAUCUUCGACCUGGUCCAUGACAUGUGGAAUCCGAAUUCGAACGUGCAGCUGACGAUUGUCACGCUCGUCGAGGCCGUCGCAAAGGCUCUCGAGGGCGAGUUCAAGACAUUUGUGCCCAUCCUGCUCCCCAACAUGCUCCAGACGCUCGAGGGCGAAGUGACGAUGAAGCGACAGCCAACCAUCUUGCGCAUUCUCCACGCCUUCUGUGUCUUUGGCGGCGCCAUCGACGAGUACCUCCAUCUGGUCUUGCCUGUCAUUGUGAGACUAUUUGAGCGCAAGGACGCUUCUGUUACGCUCCGCAAGCAAGCCAUCGUCGCGGUGGGCCAGCUGACGGCAAAGGUCAACUUCUGUGACCAUGCCUCGCGGGUUAUUCAUCCUCUGGUCCGAGUGCUGCAUAGCCCUAAUGCUGGAUCAGCGACAGCCAAUGCCGACCUGCGCAAUGCGGCCAUGGAGACGCUAUCAGCCUUGGCAUUCCAGCUGGGACCCUCGUAUGCGACAUUUGUGCCUGUGGUGAGCAAGGUGCUCACGCAGAACAACAUCCAUUCGACAAAAUACCACCAGCUCGUGACCAAGCUCCUCAACGGCGAGAGGCUGCCCCAAGACAUUGCGCCCGUCGAUGGCACCGUAGACGACAAGGCCGACGAUGCGCCCUUGGCAGAAGCAACAAAGAUGGCUGUCAACCAGCAGCAUCUCAAGCAGGCGUGGGACACGUCGAAAGUCUCUUCGAGCGACGAGUGGAAGGAAUGGCUGCGGCGCAUGGCCGUUGAGUUCAUGCGCGAGUCGCCUUCGCAUGCGCUCCGUGCUUGCCGAGCCCUGGCUGACAUCCACUCGCCGCUGGCCCACGACCUUUUCAAUGCCGCCUUUGUCUCUUGCUGGACCGAGCUCUUUGAUGCCUACCGAGACGACCUCGUCAAGAACCUUGAGCUGGCCUUUGAUGCUCCUGAUAUCCCCGAUUCGGUCAUCCAUGCUCUCCUCAACCUGGCCGAGUUCAUGGAGCACGACGACAAGGCACUUCCCAUCAACAUCCGCCUCCUGGGCGAUCGUGCGCUGAAGUUCCACUCGUACGCCAAGGCUCUGCACUACAAGGAGGCAGAGUUCCUCUCGGACUCGUCGUCGGCGCAGAUCAUUGUGGAUCUUAUUGACAUCAACACCAAGCUGCAGCAGUCCGAUGCUGCCUUUGGAGCCCUGACGUACGCCCGAGAACACGGGCUGACGGACAAUAGCUCCCAGUCAUCGUCCGAAUGGCUGGAGAAGUUGCACCGGUGGGAAGAGGCCCUUGUUGCUUACACGCGGAGGCUCGAGGCCGAAGGAGAGAGCUGGGAGACGAGGUACGGCCAGAUGCGAUGCCUGCAUGCGCUUGGCGAGUGGGAUUAUCUCUUGGAGCUUGUCCGGCAGCGGUGGAACGACUAUUCGAAGCAGGCGGCGGCUGUCGAGCAGGAGCGCAGAAUGAUGGCUCCUCUCGCAGCGGCGGCCGCCGUGGCGCUCAACAAAUGGUCCGAGAUUGAAGAGUUCAUCUCGGCCAUUCGCCAGGACGAGAGCAAGGACUACUUCAAGGCCAUCUUCUAUGCCGACCGCAAGAAUCGAUACCUGUCGGCCAAGCACAUUGCCAAGGCCAGAGACUCGAUCGACCAAGAGCUGACGAACCUUCUCAGCGAGAGCUACGGCCGAGCGUACGACCUCAUGGUGAGGGCACAGAUGCUUUCGGAGCUGGAAGAGGCCUUGGCCUACAAGCUCGACUACUGGGACCAGCCUGAUCGACAGGCGACAAUUCGGUCGACGUGGAUGAAGCGUCUCAAGGGCUGCCAGCCGGACGUUGAAGUCUGGCAGCGCAUCCUGUCUGUUCGAAGCAUCGUCCUGACGCCAGCCGAAGACACGACGACCUGGAUCAAAUUUGCCAAUCUUUGUCGCAAGUCAGGCCGCAUGGUCCUGGCCGAAAAGACGCUCAAUUCCCUGCUUGGACCGGACCAGAGCGCCGAGCUCGGACAAGACCACCAGCAGUCGCCGCUGGGACCAAAGGCGCCGCCUCAGGUCAUCUACGCUCACCUCAAAUUCAUGUGGGCCAAUGGGGCAAGGGUCGAGAGCUUGGACUAUCUGCGCGACUUUACGCUGAAUCUCGCGGAGGACCUUGGUUUGCACGCCGUCGACGAGCACGGGAACCCCCUGCCACAGGACUGGCGAUCGUCACCGCGCCUCGAAGAGUUCGCCAGGCUCCUGGCACGCUGCUACUUCAAGCAGGGUGAGUGGCAGUCGGCUCUCAAUGAGGACUGGGUCACCGACGACCGCUGCGACGUCAUCGAUUCGUACCGCCGCGCCACGGAGCUGGACAAGUACUGGUACAAGGCCUGGCACGCCUGGGCGCUGGCCAAUUUCGACGUCAUUUCGCACCACGAGCGAAUGGGGGACAAUGUGCCUGCCAAGAUGAUCGCGGCAAGUAUCGUGCCCUCUGUCCAGGGCUUCUUCCGUUCGAUUGCCCUGGCCAGCGGCAACUCGUUGCAGGACACGCUGCGCCUCCUCACGCUCUGGUUCAAGUUUGGGUACGUCGAGAGCGUCGCAGAGGCCGUAAGGGAGGGCUUCGGUACAGUCGUCAUCGAUACGUGGCUCGAGGUGAUUCCGCAAAUCAUCGCCAGAAUCACGGCGCCCAGCCCAAAGGUGCGCAGACUCAUCAACGAGCUCCUGUCCGAUAUUGGCGCAGCGCACCCUCAGGCUCUCGUCUACUCGUUGACCGUCGCUGCGAAAUCGCCGAGCCACAUGCGCAUUCAAGCCGCGAUGGGCAUCAUGGACAACGUCAGAGAGCACAGUCCCUUGCUCGUCGAGCAGGCCCUGCUGGUCUCCAAUGAGCUGAUCCGCGUCGCUAUUCUCUGGCACGAGCUCUGGCACGAAGGGCUCGAGGAGGCAUCGCGUCUCUACUUUACCGACCACAACAUCGACGCCAUGUUUGCGACGUUGGAGCCCUUGCACGAAGCGCUGGAGAAGGGCCCGGAGACGCUCAGAGAGACGUCGUUUGCACAGACGUACGGCCGUGACCUGGCAGAUGCACGCGAGUGUGGCAGGAGGUACCGGCAGCAUGGCGAGAUUGCCGACUUGAACCAGGCUUGGGACAUCUACUACCACGUGUUCCGACGCAUCAGCAAGCAGCUUCCUUCGACGAACUCGGUGCAGCUCGACCUGCAGUACGUGUCCCCGCAGCUCCUGGCGAUGCGCGACUUGGAGCUGGCCGUGCCGGGCACCUACCAGUCGGGUCAGCCCGUGGUGCGCAUCGGCAACUUUGAGCAGAUCGUACUCGUCAUUGCGUCUAAACAGCGGCCUCGGCGUCUCAAGAUGCGGGGCAGCGACGGUCGCAUCUAUCAGUACCUUCUCAAGGGUCACGAAGACCUGCGGCAAGACGAGCGUGUCAUGCAGCUGUUCGGCCUAGUCAAUACGCUCCUGUCCAUCGAUUCGGAGUCGUACAAGCGCCGCCUCGAGAUCCGCCGUUACGCCGUGAUCCCACUUUCGCCCAACACGGGCAUGAUUGGAUGGGUGGAGAAUACCGACACGCUCCAUGUCCUCAUCAAGGAAUACCGCGAGCAGCACAAAAUUCUCCUCAAUCUCGAGCACCGCCUCAUGCUGCAGAUGGCACCCGACUAUGACAACAUGCCUCUGAUGAACAAGGUCGAGGUGUUUGAGUACGCGCUCGACAACACCUCGGGCCAGGAUCUGUACCGUGUCCUUUGGCUCAAGUCGAGGAACUCAGAGGCGUGGCUGGAGCGUCGAACAGCUUACACUCGAUCCCUGGCCACAUCUUCUGUCGCUGGUUACAUUUUGGGUCUCGGUGACCGACAUCCGAGCAACCUUCUGCUGGACCGUCUUACGGGCCAGAUCAUCCAUAUCGACUUUGGCGACUGUUUCGAAGUGGCCUGCAGCCGACCAAAGUUCCCAGAAAAGGUCCCCUUCAGGCUCACGAGGAUGCUCGUGCAAGCAAUGGAGGUGGGUGGCAUCAAGGGCACGUUCAAGAUCACGAGCGAGAUUGUCAUGCGCGUUCUGCGAGACAACAAGGAGUCGGUCCUUGCCCUGCUCGAGGCAUUUGUCCACGACCCCUUGAUCAGCUGGAGGCUCGUCACGGACGACACGUCCGUGGAACAGAAGGCGCCCGAUGCGAGCGAGCACGAGGUGGCAGGCCAUCACCGAUUGAGCAGUGCGGGCGACGUAAGAAACAAGCGCGCACUGGAGGUGGUGGAGAGGAUCAGGGCCAAGCUCAACGGGCGAGAUUUCGAUCCAGAGGUGCAGCUCAGCGUGCCGGACCAGAUCCAGAGGCUGGUGCAGGAGGCGACAAGCCUCGAGAAUCUCUGUGGGGCCUUUAUCGGUUGGUGUUCGUUCUGGUGAAGUGGCUUCAUUCACUAGUUGUAGUUGUAUCGUUCGUAUUGUGCCAAUUGGAGGACAAUCAAUCAAAAGAC